AUGGAGUUGGGAAGAGUUUGGUCCCGACACCAGAGGACGUUGCUGAUCACUGUGAUGAUGUUCAAACUUGGUCUUCUGUGCACAGUGGCAGCGGACAACUGUCUCUCAUCUCCCUGCAACAAUGGUGCCACAUGUCUUGAGCACCUGGAUGACUAUGUGUGUCUAUGCCCCAAAGGGCCAGUAUGGUUCAUGGGCAAAAACUGUGAGGAGCUGUAUGAUCCCUGUAUUACUGCACCUUGUACCAACUGUACCAGCACCCUCGGGACUGACAAGUUCAGCUGCCACUGUCCAGAUGGAUUCACGGGGCUAAACUGCACCCAGGAUGUAGACGAAUGUUACAGCAAUCCUUGCAAUGGUGUUAAAUCCUACUGUGUCAACGGAAUCAACGGAUAUUCCUGCUACUGUCCCCAUGGAUUUGGAGGUGAUGACUGCCAGGUUAAUGUGACCACUUGUUCAGAGGAAACAUGCCAGAAUGGUGGUAACUGUGAAGAUAUCCUUGAAACCGGGCACCAGUGCCUGUGUGCUGCCGGGUACCAGGGGACGAACUGUGAGGAGGACACUGAUGAAUGUCAGUCAGAGCCCUGUCAGAACGGAGCCAUCUGUAAAGAUGGGGUCAAUGCCUACCAGUGUUUCUGUGUCCCUGGAUUUCAGGGCUACCACUGUGAUUUGGACAUUAAUGAGUGUGCCUCCCAACCCUGUCAAAACAACGGCACAUGUCUGGAUGAAGUGGAUCACUACACAUGUGACUGUGUCCCAGGCUUCAAAGGGUUUAACUGCGACGUGGAGAUCGAUGAGUGCGAGGUGCACCCUUGCCAGAACGGCGCCACCUGUUGGGACUACAUUGCUUCAUACAGGUGUGAGUGCAUGGCCGGUUUCCAGGGACAAGACUGCGAGGUCAAUAUUGAUGAAUGUGCCAGCGUGCCCUGUCUGAAUGAGGGCAAGUGCAUAGAUGGGGUCAACAGCUAUGAUUGUGACUGUGAGGGGACGGGCUUUCUGGGCGACUACUGUGAAGACGAUAUUCCUGAAUGUGCCUCUGACCCCUGCAAACAUGGAGCCACCUGCUGGGAAGGAAUCAACCAGUACAAGUGCCUUUGCUGGCCAGGUUAUGAGGGAGAGAACUGCCAGUUGGAUACAGACGAGUGUGAAAAGCAUCCCUGUGAGAAUGAUGGAGAGUGUUUCCAGCGAUCAGAUGCCAAGAACUAUGGGAUGCUGCCUGAACUCAGCACAGCCACCUUCACAUAUGAAGAGGCAGCUGGCUUUAUCUGCCACUGUUUGCCAGGGUUCACUGGAGACAACUGCUCAGUCAAUGUGGACGAGUGCGAGUCUGCUCCAUGUCACCAUGGAGGACAAUGCCAGGAUCAGGUCAACUCUUAUCAAUGUGUGUGUCCAGACGGCUUCACAGGUGUACACUGUGAGGUGGACAUCAACGAGUGUGAUAGCAAUCCCUGCCAGAAUGGAGCCACGUGCGAAGAUGCUGCCAACUCCUAUAGGUGUCACUGCCCGAUAACAGAGCCUGACCAGGAACCAUUGGGUGGGCGAGACUGUGACGUCCGCCUGGUCGGCUGCCAACAUCACCAGUGUCAACACAAUGCAGGUUGUGACCCAAUGCUGACAGAUGAUGGAGAGCAUAGCUACACCUGCAUGUGUCCAUCCGGCUGGACUGGAGAACGCUGCAACACCUCAACUACCUUCUCAUUCAACUCGGAGGGCUACAUUCACAUGCAGCUGCCUAUUUCUGCAAACAGGACUAGACGUGAGGUUCAUGGCAGGGACCAUGGGAUCCACAUGCAGCUCAGAUUCAAGAGUACUCUGCCUGACAUGGUGCUGUACUACCGGGGCAUUAAGGAGCGCUUUUUCUCAUUGGAAAUUAUUAGUGGCUCCCUCCAGGCCAGGGUCAAGUCAGGGAAGGUAAUGCAGGCCAUUUACCCUGGCCCUGUCAAUGAUGGGGAAUGGUACCAGGUCUCUGUGACCAUGGAUGAGAGGCUGGUCCUGACUGUAAAAGGACUUGGCUGUGAGGAAGGGUGCCAGGUGAAGAAUGAGGGCCACAACCAUCUGAUCUUCCUCCAGCCCAGCUCCUUUCAGCAGCUGUAUGUAGGAGGGGCUCCACAGGAAUACUUACGCCAUACUUCCAGUGGGAGGGGGUUCAUUGGCUGUAUGGAGGACCUUCAUGUUGACCAUAAGCUGCUUUUGCCUCAGGACCUCAUCAGAGAGGAGAACAAAGGCCUGGAAAUGGGAUGCACCAAAAGAGACUGGUGUCAUGAAGACCCAUGCAUGGAGCGCGGGCAGUGUGUGGACAUGUGGGUUCGUGCCAGAUGUCAGUGUGACCGGCCCUACUACGGAGAAAGCUGUGAGGAAGAGUACCCGUCCUGGACCUUCGGCCAUGAGAACACCACCAGCUACUCAACCUUCAAUAUCUCAGAAACCCAUGGAGACAACUUCACCAUUUCCUUUUUGAUGCGCUCCCUCAAACACAAUGGCCUCCUCUUGCAGCUCAGUCGAGAAGGAAAGUCCUACUUGACGAUCUAUCUGAAGGAAGGCACUGUUGCUAUCUACAGUCCUUACACCACAUUGUUGUCAGAGGCAAAGUUUGUCACUGAUGGCAACAAUAAUUUGGUCACUAUCAAGGUACGCUAUGGCCAUGUGGUCUUCCCCAAAGCGGGGAACCAUCGUGCUUUAGGGAAUGUGAGUGUGGAGGCAGGAGAUGUAGCGUAUGUUGGUGGGCUCCCUUUGGACAAGAGCAUAAACAAUUGGGGUGGAAACUUCAAGGGCUGCCUGCAGGACAUUCGGCUGGACCACAAGUAUCUGACCAUUGAGGAUCAUCCAGACAGCCUGGAGGUUUACCAGGCAAGCACAGAGAAUGUGCUGCGAGGAUGUCAAAGUGAUGACACAUGCAAGGAUGAGCCCUGUUCCAAUGGUGGACAGUGUCACAUCACCUGGAAUGACUUCAUCUGUGACUGUUCCAUUAACUUCUCCGGCCGGCUGUGUGAGACACGUCUAUGGUGCGUCGACAACCCUUGUUUUGAUGGAGUGGACUGUGUGGACCUACAGGAUGGUUAUGAGUGUUUAACUGAAGCCCUUUUCCAGGACAACUCUCUCCGAUAUGUUGCCAACAGCUCCCUGCUGAGCCCUGUAACCAACAUCACCAUGGACAUAAGAACGCGAGAUGAGAACGGGAUCUUGUUGCGAACCACAGGCGGAGCCGAGGUCUUCUGCCUGGGUCUACUCAACUCCUCUCUGCUGGUCAAGCUGGACAGCGGGGAGAGUACAGAGCUUCUGGCAUUCACAAGUGACAGGGUCAUCGCAGAUGGGGUGUGGCACCGUAUCCAACUGACCAUGGUCGACCCCACACAGGCAGAGUCCCGCUGGCGCCUAACCAUGGAUGGGCAAAGAGUGGGGACCAGCUUUGGGGUUGGUGGUACCCUCAACUUCCUCAACGAUACUGAAAUCUGGCUGGCAGAGAAAUACACUGGAUGCUUAGGGGAGGUGAGAGUGGCUGGAGUCUACCUGCCGCUCAUUAAUGUACCAGACGCCCCUCAGGUGAGCCGCUUCUCCAGACUGGCAGGCCAUGAGCCAAUCAUAGGAUGCCAAGGUGCACCAAUUUGUGAUUCCCAACCCUGCCUCAACCAGGGUGAGUGCCAGGACCAAUUUUUUGAGUUCAACUGCAGCUGCAGAGCUGGAUGGGAGGGGGAGCUUUGCGAAAUAGAGAUAAACGAAUGCUCUUCAGGUCCCUGUGUCUAUGGUACAUGCAAAGACCUCCUGGCUGACUACCAGUGUAUCUGUGAGCCUGGAUACACAGGAAAAGACUGUCAGGAGGAGGUGGAUAACUGUCUGGAGUUCAGUUGUGUGAAUGGAGGAACCUGCGGGGAAACAGUGGGAACUCACACGUGUUUCUGUCCUCCUGGCUAUGUCGGCAAGCGCUGCCAGUGGCGUUUUCCCCCAAUGGCAUGUGAUGCAUACACAGACUGUCUUAAUGGAGGGGUUUGUAUAGGAGGCAGCUCUGGAGGAAACUGCACCUGCAAGCCUGGAUACACUGGAGCCAGGUGCGAGACAGAAAUAGACGAGUGUGAGUCCAACCCUUGUCUCAACGGUGCCACCUGUCUGGACAGACUCAACCACUUCCAGUGUGUGUGUGUGCUAGGCUUCAGCGGCACACUGUGUGAGAGCAAUAAAAAGGAGUAUAUGGAGCGAGUUCCCUGGCUUGCUGUGACCAUCCCUCUGAUCACGCUGUGUAUGUUGGUGGCCAUCCUGGUGGUAUUUUUCCUCAUCAUGACGGCCCGGAAGAAGCGUCAGUCGGAGGGCACAUACAGCCCGAGCUCACAGGAAGUAGCUGGUGCCAGGCUGGAGAUGGGCAGCGUCCUCAAAGUUCCUCCAGAGGAGCGGCUCAUCUGA